AUGAAUCCGACCCAGGAUUUACUUCAUCGCUCAAUCACAUCCCCGCGAAGAGAGGACAGACGGUCUCGCGAGACAUCGACCUACUCAUCUCCUGUGUCUACCUCGUCCCAAGGAGGGGUUUCCCCUAUUGGUCUGGGGAUCUCCCACUGCGAAAUCGAAAAUGCCUUUGGACAACUGAAAGUCUUCCCUCCCCCAUCUACACUGCCAUCACAACUGGUUCCUGGAGCACCAACCACCUUCGCAUAUGAUGACUAUACCAGCGGAACAUGUUAUCCACCAGUUUACAAUGGACUCGCCAACAGUGCUUCGGAGACCUCACUAGGGUUCUACAGCCCCACGAUGAGCGCCUCCCCCAGUUACAAUCCUACUAUGGAGGUUGUUCAAAGCCAGCAUGUCUACCCCAGUCAACUGACCGACCUUUGGAUGCACACACCUUGCUCGGGACCGGCAAAGCCAUCGGAUGUUACUCUAGGCACUGUAGCGAACGGAUCAGGACAAUGGGGCCAGAACGUGUUUCCGGAUGCGUGUGUUCCCUCCACGAUGCCCCUGUUGCCAGUCAACAACGUUCCCUACCUUGGAGCUAUGGAGAUGGGAUACGACAGAUCCUCCGGGCAGCACAUCAACACAGGACUAGUCGUACCUCCACCACAAGCAUCUGCCGAUAGGAUCGCCGAUGGGGCCACAAUCUCGAGCAAUAGUGAGCGCGGCUCACCAAAUGACAGGCUAGUGUCUGCCAGCGGCCUGGAAUGCCCGAUCUGUGGAGCCAAAUUCACCCGACGCUCCAACUGUAAGGAGCACCAAAAGAUGCACAACCCCGAAUGGAAGAACAACCACCCGUGCAAUGACUGUCACAAGACUUUUGGGCGAAGCUCAGAUCUCAAAAGACAUAUGAGCACCGUUCAUCUCGGGCUUCGGAGGUACAGCUGUGAGCUUUGCGACCGGCGUUUCAGUCGCCAGGACAGUCUCGCUAGACAUGAUUGUGUUGACAAGCACCGCAACACUGGGAAGUCUACCGGCCACGCUGAGCCGUCUUCGCUUGUGCCCAGUCCGCGGCAACGAUCGUCGAACCGACGCUCAGCUAGCUAA